AUGUUUUGGAAUCGUUCUUUCUCUCUUCCCUUUACUUCUUUAUAUUUACAUCGAUUGAUUUUCCUUAGUUAUUUCCUUCUUUUACAGGCUUCUUUAUUUUCUAUAUUUAUUACUUUCUUAAUUUUCCUUUCCUCUUUUUUCUCUGUUUUCAGUUUUUUUUUUCUAGAUUCUUCUGGUCUAUACUUCAUAUUUCUUUCUGGUCCAUUUCUUUCUCUCUUAGUCUUAUUUUUGUUUUCUUUGUAUCUGAAACUAACACCAUUGCUUGCAUUCUCUUUCUUUCUUCUUUCUUUUCGUUCUCUUUUUUCUUCAUUUUCGUUCUUUUUCACUUUCUUUCUUUUUCCUUUCUUUCUUUCUUUCUUUCUUUUUCCCUGUCUUUUUUUCCUUUCUAAUUCUUCCUCUAUACUUUUAUUUCUUUCUUUCUUUCUUUCUUUCUUUCUUUCUUUCUUUUUUUCCGAAAUCUUUUUCCGUAUAUUUAAUUAUCAUCUCUCAUUCCUGUCUUUAUUCCUGUUGUCCGUUAUUAUUUUUCUUUCUUUCUUUCUUUCUUUCUUUCUUUCUUUCUUUCUUUUCGCUAAAUCAUCUUUCUGCAUAUAUUUUCCUUAUCAACCUAUAUUAUUCCUUCAGGCAGGAAUUUGUAUUGACUUUCUCAGUCAUUUUCUUUCUUUCUAUCACUCUUUCUCAUUUUCUCUCUCUCUCUCUCUUUCUCUUUCUCUCUCUCUCUCUCUCUCUCUUUUCAAACUCUCUUUUUAUCCAUCUAUCUAUCUAUCUAUCUAUCUAUCUAUCUAUCUGAAUCAGUUAUCUAUCUAUCUAUCUAUCUAUCUAUCUAUCUAUCUAUUUGAAUCAUUAUCUAUCUAUCUGAAUCGUUUUCUCUCUAUCUAUCUGAAUCAGUUAUCUAUCUAUCUAUCUGAUUCUGGGGCCUUUUAUAUACUGCCCUUUCAUGCCUCUUUUCAUUCUUUCUUGCAUUUCUUCUUUCACUUUAGUCUUCAGCCAAAUUCUAACACUAAUUCUCUUCCUUUUACUUUUCGUUUUCUCUGUCUUUUUCUCGCCAUAUAUUUUGUCCAUAUUUUUCACACCAUAUAUCUUAUCUAUAUUUCUUUCACUUUUCAUUUACUCUCUUUCAUUUUACUCUUCUCUCCGUCUCUACUCUUACCUCUCCUUAAUUUAGAUUAUUUCUUUAUAUUUCAUUCGUUUUUCUUUUUUUUCUUUCGCACCAAUCUUCCUCUACCUCUCCUUAUUUACUUUAUCAUUUUCUUACUGUAUAUUUUGCUAAUAUUCUUUCUUUCUUUCUUUCUUUCUUUCUUUCUUUCUUUCUUUCUUUCUUUCUUUACAUCUUCUCUAAGCCUACCUCUCUUUCAGCCAUUUUUGUCUAUUUUUCUAUCUGACAUUUCAUUCUUAUUUCAUUGUUUUUUCUUCUUUGAAUUCCUUUUCUUUUUUUUUCUUUUUUCAUUCUUUCUUUCUUUUUGUAUUAUUUCUGUCUUUUAA